UGGCGCGCAGGUAGGAGCGCGCGGCGCCAUGGCCAACUCGGGCUUGCAGCUGCUGGGCUUCGCGCUGGCCCUGCUGGGCUGGAUCGCCACCCUGGUGGCCACCAUCAUGCCGCAGUGGCAGAUGUCCUCCUACGCCGGGGACAACAUCAUCACGGCCGUGGCCAUCUACCAGGGCCUCUGGAUGACCUGCGCCUGGCAGAGCACCGGCCAGAUCCAGUGCAAGGUCUACGACUCCGUGCUCAACCUCCCCGGCUCCCUCCAAGCCACGCGGGCUCUCAUGGUGGUCUCCAUCGUCCUGGGGGUGGUCGGCAUGGGCAUUGCUACCAUGGGCAUGAAGUGCACCCGCUGCGGGGGGGACAACAAGGUCACGAAGGCUCGGAUCGCCAUGACGGGAGGCAUCGUCUUCCUCGUUGGAGGUUUGGCAUCCCUCGUUGCGUGCUCCUGGUAUGGACACCAGAUUGUGACCGAUUUUUACAGCCCCUUGGUGCCCGUCAAUUCCAAGUAUGAGUUUGGAGCUGCCAUUUUCAUUGGCUGGGCUGGUGCUGCGUUGGUUAUAUUGGGAGGGAGCCUCCUCUCUUGUUCCUGUCCUGGGAAGACAGGCUAUGGCCGCCAGUAUCCCCAGGGCAAACCAAUCUCCAAGCCUCCCAGUAACAGAGAAUAUGUCUAAGCCUGUUUCGAAGCAGAGGCGCACGCCAGUCCUGCGACUCAUCCCUGCCCACACCUGGGAUGCGACAGACCUCCCCCGACCCGCCUUCCCGUCGUGGGAGUUCUGGACCCUGCGAUGACGACGUUGGCCCCAUCAGAGACAUUUUUAAUAGCCUUCGUUUUACACUCAGUUUUUUUCCAGAUGAGUUUUUAAACCUUUUGCAGUUUUCUAGGGAAUACCAAUGUAAUUUUUACCAGUGUAAUUUUUAUUAAGGGAUUGGUUCUGCAUGUACAGAGCCAAUCGCCGCUCAUCAGUGUGUGGGAGAAUCACACAACCUAACUUUUUUCUUGGCUGAAAGGAAGGGGAGCUUAGUUUUCUUGAAGGGGGGGGUGGUCUGUGCUGUCCUCAGGUUUAGGAUGUAUUGCCCCCCCCCAAAAAAAGAGAAUUGAUUCAAGAUUCAAAUAAUUUACUCAGGAGUAAGGGGAACCAUGACAGACUUAAGGCACAGGAUUAUGGAUCAAUAAUCUUUUUUGCAAGGGCUUUAACGUAUGCCAGUCUCGAAGGACAGGUAGAUUAGAGAAUGGGACAUUAUCAAGUGGUGGAAAGCCAUUUAGUACUAGCAAGCUCAACACCGAAGUGUGGUGUUAGGGGCCCCCCUGAGUGUGUUUACAAAGUGAUCCAUUGCAGGGCAUUUAUUUUGGAGGGAAUGGAUACAGACCGAUGGUAGAAUCCUAAAAAAUACAUAUGUUUUCCCCCUGGGGCAUUAAUCUGGGAGGGGGGAGAGCAGAUAGGAAUAGGUAUCAGUGAGGGGAGGAUAGAGCGACAUUCAUUUGGGGGGAAGACAUGUAUGAUUUGAGGGGAGCAGGAGAGAUCAGCCCCAUAAGCAGUUGAAUUUUCUGUGGCAUUAAAUACCGAGUCUGAGCCUCAAUGUUGACAAUUUGCACUGUCAAAAGACCCUUCUGCCGAGGAGCGUGUGCACACGUGCGGUGCCUUGGUUUGCAGAGGUUCUGAUGAAAACCAGCCUGCAAAUGAUAGGCCAUCUAAUUCAAAAUGAGGUUUUCAGGAACAAUCUCUUUGCUUCGUCUCUUAAUGACGGCUCCAAACGCCCAAACCUCUGCACCACCAAAGUGUGCCGAGACCUGUCUGCAUUCAGAAAUAUCCGGCUUCCUGAACUUAAAUAUUUUUUCAUUGUUCGUGGAUGAGGAGGUAGGAAAGGGUUAGCGUUUCACCUUUGCUUUCAUGGCCAAGAAGGGAGGUGCUCCUAGAGCAACAUGUUGCCUUAUUUAAAGCGCUGUGACUCACUAGGGCUGAGUUGUGUGUGUGUUAGUGUUUUUUUAAUUGUCUCUGUGAUGCUGGGACCUGAUUUUUUUUUGUACAUAAUAAAUACUGUUUUUGAGAAAGGUG